ACAAUUUCUUUGUUACCUCUACCAUGGAAACUUGGUUCAUCGUCAUCGUCUCCCUCUGCAUAGCGGCUUCCCUCAAAGCCCUCUUUAACAUUUUCAAUCCAAACAUCGGGCUGCCUCCAGGCCCCUUGUCUUUUACCAUUAUAGGCAACUUUCUACUGCACCGCAAAUCUCCAUUGGAGCUUCACUAUUUCGUCCAAACCCUUCUACCCAAAUACGGUCCCAUGAUCACACUCAACAUCUACUCUAAUCCCACAAUCUUCAUCUCUGACCGAGGUCUAGCUCACCAGGCCUUGAUCCAAACCGGCGCAGUUUUUGCUGAUCGACCCUCUCCCUCUAACCUUAAUAGAAAUAGAACUACUCUGAUUGGCCCCGCCGGUUAUGGCCCUACCUGGCGUCUCUUGCGCCGCAAUCUCACAGCAGAAAUCCUCCACCAUUCGCGUCUUUAUUUGUACAGUAAUGCGCGCAAGCAGGUGUUGCAAAUCCUCCUGGAUUGUUUCAACGCUAAAUGUAAGUCUGGUGAGGAUUUUCGCCUUAUUGACCAUUUCCAAUCUGCUUUGUAUUCGUUAGUGGUCUUAAUGUGUUUUGGGGACAAGCUUGACCAGAAGAAGAGUAAAGAAAUUGAGGAUGUGCAGUGUCGCUUGAUGCUGAGUUCAAGACGAUUUAGUAAACUCAAUUUUUGGCCAAGACUCACGAAGGUCCUGUUUCGCAAACAAAAUGAAGAGUUCUUGCAAAUUCGUCAGCAACAAGAUGAAGUAUUGAUGCCGAUGAUAGAAGAACGACAGAAGACUUUAAGAAUGGCUAAACUGAAUGUCAAAGAAGAAGUCAACGAUGAGUGGUUCCGAGCAUAUGUUGAUACAUUGUUUGACCUGCAACUCCCUGAGGAGAAGAGAAAGCUCACUAGGAAGGAAAUCAUGAGUUUGAGCUCCGAGUUUCUCCUUAAUGGCGCCAUUACAACGUCCACCACGCUUCAAUGGACGAUGGCAAAUUUGGUUAAGUAUCCUCAUAUUCAAGAAAAAUUAUUAACAGAGAUUAAAGGGGUUGUCGGAGAUGCGGCAACAGAGGUUCAAGAAGAUGAUCUGCUGAGGAUGCCAUAUCUGAAAGCCGUAAUUUUGGAAACUUUACGACUUCACCCACCUGUACCUUUUCUGGCGCCGCAUGCUGUAACUGAAGAUGUGGUUCUGAAUGGAUUUUUGGUCCCAAAGAAAGCCUCAAUCUAUUUCUUGGUGGCGGAUAUGGGAUGGGAUUCAAAGGUAUGGGAUGAUUCGAUGACGUUUAAGCCUGAAAGAUUCUUGAGUGGUGAAGAGUUUGACAUAACAGGGAGCAGGGAAAUAAAGAUGAUGCCAUUUGGGGUGGGAAGGAGAAUUUGUCCUGGGAUUGGUUUGGCAAUGCUUCAUUUAGAAUAUUUUGUGGCGAAUUUUAUUUGGAACUUCGAAUGGAAGACUGUGGAUGGCGAUAUGGUUAGCCUGGAAGAAAAGCAAGAGAUAGUAACGGUGAUGAAAAAUCCAUUGCAGGUUCAUCUAAAUCCUAGACUGCCAUAAUUUAUAUCAUAAUGUAUUUGGGACUUAGUAUGUUGUCUUGCUAAACUCCAAAAUAAUAUUAGGCAAAUCUGGUAUAAUUUAUAUCAUAAUGUAUGCUGAGAAGGGAGGUGGAAGAG